AUGUCCCUGGAGGCGCGGGAGUUUAAGCAGGUGGUGGACGAGAUCAUCCCGCUCAUCGGCGCGGCCAAUGUGUGGGACUACCUGCCGGUGAUGCGGUGGCUCGACGUGUCCGGCGUGAGGAGCAGGAUCCUGGCCACGGUGAGCAGGAGGGACGCCUUCCUCCACCGGCUCAUCGACGCCGAGCGGCCGAGGAUGGACGAGGGCGAGAAGAAGAGCAUGAUCGCCGUGCUCCUCACUCUGCAGAAGACGGAGCCGGAGCUGUACACUGAUCAGAUGAUCAUCGCUCUGUGUGCGGUAAUCAUUGUGAUAGGAACGGAGACCACCUCAAGCACAUGGGCGAUGUCGCUCCUACUGAACCACCCGGCGGCGCUGAAGAAGGCACAGGCCGAGAUCAACGCGUCCAUUGGGACCUCCCGCAUGGUCACCGCUGACGACGUGCCCCGCCUCAGCUACCUCCAGUGCAUCAUCAAUGAGACGCUACGCCUGUACCCGGCGGCACCGCUGCUGCUGCCGCACGAGUCCUCCAUCGACUGCAAGGUCGGCGGCUACGAGGUGCCGAGCGGCACCAUGCUGAUCGUGAACGCGUACGCCCUCCACAGGGACCCGGCUGUAUGGGAGGACCCGACGGUGUUCCGCCCGGAGCGGUUCAAGGACGGCAAGGGCGAUGGGCUGCUGCUGAUGCCCUUCGGGAUGGGGCGGCGGAGGUGCCCCGGCGAGGCGCUGGCGCUGCAGACGGUCGGGGUGGUUCUUGGGACGCUGGUGCAGUGCUUUGACUGGGACCGGGUGGACGGCGUGGAGGUGGACAUGACGGAGGGGGUGGGGAUCACCAUGCCCAAGGCCGUGGCUUUGGAGGCCGUGUGUAGGCCACGCGCGGCCAUGCGCGAUGUUCUUCAGAUCAAACUUCUUGGCAUCUCAUAUGUACAGUAG